AUGCGAGCUGCUAUUGCUUUUCUUGUUGUGAUCUUCGCGCUCUUCAGCAUGAUGGAAGCUUCGCCACAUAGAGGAGGAUAUGGUGGCGGCUUUGGAGGAGGCCCAUACGGCUAUGGAGGUGGUGGUAGAGGAUAUCGAGGCGGUGGCUAUGGUGGUUAUCCCGGCGGUGGCUAUGGCGGCUAUCCCGGCGGUGGCUAUGGCGGUUAUCCCGGCGGUGGCGGUGGAUACGGCACAGCCAGCGCAUCUGCUUCAGCCGCAGCCUCAGCUGGUGGCGGCGGCGGUUAUUACCGCUAG